UUGUUUCAUUCGGUACUGUCAUUGGUGGGAGGAAAUCAUUUGAUGAACAACAAUUUGGGGGAGAAUUAGAAACCGUACGAUACUGGUGACAGGUGCUUUGCAUGCACUUGUUCGUGCGGAACACAUCACAUGUGCGAGAGAGCGGGCGGGAUGAACAAAAUCCCAUUUUGACAAGGGAUCGCAGCAAGAAAUGGACUGGAAUUUCAUACCGGAAUUUGAUAAUGUAACAGGAUAAGACAUGGCUUCUUCUGUUGCUGCGACACAAACCUCUAAGCCACCAGAGGUUACUGUGGAAGGAUUUCCUAAAGCUUUUGUGGCAUCGAUGAAAGUUUUGUUCGACAUUUUGGACGAAGAUGUCGACGGUUUGGUGCACAUUGCGGAGAUCGAGAAACGCUGGGCCGCGGAAGGGGGGACGACCGGCCUGCCGUUCGGCGUGUUGAACGGUCUGCGUAAAGCAGCUCCAAAGAACGGGAAACUGAGCUUUGAGAGGUUCUGUGGAGGGCUCAAAAUGUCUCUGAAUUUUGAACGUGGAGUUGGAAGGGUGGGCAGAGAAGAUAAGCAGCCCAACACAGCGACAGUGAGACCGAAUAAUGUGGUCCGUCCGAUGGCCGUGCGGACCCGAAGCGCGCCGCAGCUACCCCGGGCGCCGAACGCGCGACCACGGUCACUCUCCAACAACACGGACCCGGUCACGGACUGGGAAUACGCCGUACAGAAAGCACGCUCAAGCGAGGACAAGGUUCACAAUCACAGUGGGAAAUACCGCGUCAGGGAGGACUUGAAACUUAAAAGGAGAUCUGCACCGGGGGAUAUAAAUGCCAAUGACCCAUCCCAUCCGAGGAUUCAGAAGGAAUCGAACCACCGUGCGUCGAGGCGAAGUGAAGGGGAUUAUGUGCGGUAUCAGCCCGCUCAGGCACCGAGGCCGGGGCCGCAAGGACCGGGGAGGGUGGGCCCAAAGCCGGAGAGAGCAGUCAAUGGCCCGGUGUAUGACCACCCACGUUCGCCUGUUGAAACAAAACCGGUUAACGGUCACGUCAGUUCCGAGCGGCAUUCACCAAACCAUUCCCCCAAGCAGAAGUCCGAAGCUAAAGAGAGGUCCAGACGUGCUGAUCCCAGACGCCAUACAGUCUCCAAUGGCAUUGACUAUAAUUUGUUGAAACGAAUGAAACAGCUCGAGCAGGAACGAGAUGUGCUACUACAAGGCAUGGAGGUGGCUGAACGAUCCCGAGACUGGUACCAGAGACAACUGGCCUACGUCAGGCAGAGACAGCCGGGGUACUCGGGGAAUUCGCAGUUUACUCAUGGAGAGGACUCGCCUGUUUCUGGUCAGCAGGACAGACUAGCCUACCGCAUGUCAAGGAUUCUAGAGAUAAACAGGCAACUCACGCACCUCAUGGAAAACCCUGAAAAGGAUUUCCCAGAUCACAUGAAUCUAGCCUUGGCCAGUUUCCAACCCUCACAAGCUCCUCCGAAGCAGCGUAUGAGCAGCACCUCAAGCAGUAGCAGCAUGAACAGCAAUCUUAUAGCUCAGCUACGGGAACAAAACAAGUUACUAACCAAGGAGGUGUCGGAGAAGAGCGAACUGAUCACGCAGCUUGAGAAGGACAAAGCGGCACUCAUUCGCCAACUGUUUGAAGCACGGGGAAAGACACACCAGAACAACAAGAAGAAGGAGAUGCCAAAUAACACUACGUUUAUCUAAUCAUGGAGAAAACUUCAAAAAUAAAGUGUAAAAUUUAGGAAGAAAAAGCAACUUUGUAAUAAACAGAAAACUUAAACCAGAUUUUUCAGGCCAAAAAAAAAAAUCUUCAGUGUCUGGUAUGGAGCUUGCCCCAAAAGUGGUGCGGCGAAGCGUUUUUUUUUUUUUCCCCUACUUU